AUGUGGGUUCCUAGGGAGGAAUCCUGGAUGAAGGACCAAGAAGAGGGUCGAAUUUCAUGGAAGGAGAUGCUGCAACGUCAUAAUGGAGAGAAGAAUGAUGGGGAGGGUGCUGAUACUCUUGAAGGUGAGAAUUUGCAGGGUGAACCAGCUGAGGAAGAAGACGUUAAUUUUGGGGGCAUAAAGAUGUGGGUGGAAGAGGAUGGAAAAACUCAUUUUGGUUGCACUAAUAGAGGAAGAAGACACUUGCAUAGAGUGUGGGAAAAAGCUUUGAUUGUUAAGCUGCUGGGCAGAUCUACAGGUGUCUCGUUCAUGAAGAAAAAGAUUGAGGAGCUAUGGGGAAGGAAAGGAAAAGUGAACGUCACUGAUAUUGGGAAUGAGUUUUAUGUGGAACCUGGCUUCAGGCCUAAUGCUGAGGGCAUAUCAAAGAUAGCAGCUUGGAUCCGCCUUCCUAAUAUUCCAUUGGAAUUUUAUGAUGAAGUUUUCUUUCGUAGGGUGGGUAACUGGAUAGAGAAGUUAAUAAAGAUUGAUAGGACUACAAACCUUCAUGCUAGGGGUCGCUUUGCAAGGAUCUGUGUUGAACUGGAUUUGGCUAAACCUUUAAAAGGAGAGUAUGUUCUUGAGGGAGUUUUGAAGCAUAUAGAAUAUGAAGGUCUAGGGCUCAUUUGUUUCAACUGUGGAAAGUAUGGCCAUAGCAAGGAUUGUUGUUCUGAGAUUGUUCAAGAACAGAUCGUGGUGAAUGAAUCUCAUCCUUCUGGGGAUGGUGAAGCUGAUAAAGUUGAAGAAAACCAGAACGGUCUUGGCCCUUGGAUGGUGGUUAAUCGCCAACGCCGCCCUAGAAGCCAAGCUGCUACCCAAGAUGGCAGAACGCCGAUGACUUCGAGAAGAAUCACUCAACGUGAUUUCGGGGAGAAUACUGCACAAUCAAAGCAGUUAUCAGUGCAAUCAUAUCAGCCUGUUUUAAAUGCAGUAAAUACAAAAUCACGUUAUGAUAGUUUAAUGGUGAUUGGGGAUUUGAAUCAAGCUGAGCUGGAAGUGAUUAAUGAGGAGCCUAAUCAUGGGCAUAAUCCUAGCGAUUUGGCCAAUAAUAUAGGGCUACGUCAGAAAGCUAUUGCUAAAAUUCAGAACCAGCAUCUGACUACCCCUGUGUUACUUGUAGAUAGGCAAGUUGUGUUGCCUCCUGUUCAAAAUACAGCAAUGGAAGUGGAUCAGAACGUUGGGGACCAAAGUGAGAGUGAUAAUGGUUUAAAAUAUCCUAAAGCUCCGGAUCCUAUUAGGACUUUGGUCACUACCCAUUCGGAUGCGUCUAUUUUAUCGCAUCACAUGGAGGUUGAUAAAGGAGGUAUAAAUGAAGAUAGUGUUGAGAUUGUUAAGGGAAUAGAUUUGACUGCUAUUUUUGAACCUAGAAUAAGUGGUGCGAAAGCUGAAAAGAUUAUUAAAAGAACAGGGUAUAACAGCUGUAUUGUGGAAGAAGCUCAAGGUUUCAUGGGAGGGAUCUGGGUUUUGUGGAACAAGGAGUUCUGUAAUGUUACGAUUUUGGAAAAGAACAUGCAAAUAGUUCAUUUGAAAGUUUGUUUCUUCCAUAAUGUUGCGUUCUUAUGCACAUUUAUUUACGCCAAUCCUAGAGAAGAGGUGCGACGUAGCGUUUGGCAGGAUCUUCGUCGGAUUGCUGAUUCUAUGAAUGAGCCCUGGCUUAUCACCGAUGAUUUUAAUGAAAUCGCAUCCCCUUUUGAGAAACGUGGAGGUGCCCCGGUAGAUUUAUAUAAAUGUAACAGAUUUGCUUCCUUGCUUACGGAUCUGAAGAUGAUUGAUUUGAAUAGUUCCGAUUCGAGAUUUACUUGGCGUGGUCCUCGUUUCCUGAAUAUGGAUAGAGUUUUCAAACGGUUAGAUCGUGCUUGCAGUAACGAUUUAUGGAGGGUUACAUUUGAGGAGGGUUAUGUUAGAGCCCUUCCUAGGUUAAAGAGUGACCAUAUCCCCCUUCUUAUAUCCUUGUCUUCUUCAAAAGAUGACUGGAAGGAUUGUCCUUUCCGUUUCCAUUCCUUUUGGCAGGACCAUAUCCUGUUCAAUCAAUUUUUAAAGGACAAUUGGCACGUGCAUGGGAACAUUGCUGAUUGUUUGAAGGUUCUUACCCCUUGCAUUAAGGAGUGGAAUGAGAAGGUGUUUGGGAAUAUUUAG